GUAACCUUAUAUUGUAGCAGCUGGGGUUAACAUCAGGAACGUGGAAGGUGACAGCAAGAAAGAUGUACCGAUUUUUAUACCAUACUUUGUGUGCAGCACGAAACCCUUCACUUAGUGUCUACGAGUCAUGUGUAUUAUCACUUAAAUGUGAUAAGGUUUUAAGGGCUGUAAAUGGAGUGAGAGAAAAUGCUCUCAGCACAUGUCCAGUCAAACUCUGUGAAAAGAGAGAUGAUGCCAUCCUCUCUAAUCAAGGUGAGACAAACAAAGAGGAUAAUCAUUUGAAGACAGAUGAACUACAAGAGGAGCCAGUGAUUUUAAACAUAGAUGAUGGAGGUCCUAAACAGCAAGAGGGAGAUGUUACAGUUGAACAGGUGGCAACAAAGUCAACACAAGUCAAGACUGAAGCUGCAAAGAGUGGGAAGAAAGGUCUCCUAGACCUUCUUGGAGAGAUGAAAGUGGAAGUUACGAAUAAAAGGAAGCUCAAAAACCUGAAGACAAAACAGAGUUUUGAGUCAGCUAUGCAAUAUAAGUCUAAACCAGAAGCUAUGGAGAGCACAUUCAGUAUGUUUCAAAAGGCAACAGUGGAGGCUUCAUCACAGAGUGAAACAUUGGAUCCUGAUCUGGUUGCAGCUGCAUCUGCUGCUGCCUCCACUCUUCCUAACCGAAGACAGGCUGAGUCUGAGCUGCUGAGACAGCUGAGGCAGCGCAAAGCCCUCACAGAGGCUCAGAAAAAAGGCACAAUGGACAACCUUGGAGCAAUAAUUGCAGACAUGAAAAUAGGAAAGAAUCCCAGCAGGCACAAUGCGUACCCAGCUGAUCAGAUCCGGUUUGAUGAUGAUGGGAAAGGAUACACACAAGACAGAGGAAUCACAGCUGAGCUGGCCAGUGUCCGGAGAAGGAGGAAUUUAUUCUCAACUAAAAGACUUAACAUCUUUUCUCCCUCUACUGAUGAAGACGGUGUUGAACCCACACUUGCAAAGCCAACUCUGUGGGAUGUGGAUUUUGCAAAUCAGUUGUCUCUGUCAACCAAUCAAAUGCCUCAAAAUGGGUUUGAGGAAAUGAUCCAAUGGACCAAAGAGGGAAAACUGUGGCAGUAUCCAAUCACCAAUGAAGUUGGCCUUGAGGAGGAAGCCAGUGUUCCAUUCCAUGAGCAUGUCUUCUUAGAGAAACACUUGGAGGAAGGCUUCCCUCGUCAGGGACCAGUACGACACUUCAUGGAGCUUGUGGUGGCUGGUCUUUCACGAAACCCUUACCUGACUGUGCAACAGAAGAAAGAGCAUAUUUCCUGGUUCAGAGACUACUUCCACCAAAAAGAGGAUGUCCUCAAUGAGGCUGAUGUUUACCUCAACUAACUAAAGACAGUUUAAAUUGUUUUCUGUAUGUGCUGACUGUGGACAAAUAAAAACAGGGCAGAUUUUCUCAGCGGGGGACUUGGCAGCUGGUAUCAACCUUGUGCUUACAAGUUUGUUUACAAGUUCUACUAGAAAUACGUCUUAGAUAUCCUCCUGGAGAACAAUUAGUGAACUUUAAAUUAUCUUUUGAAACCAGUGUUUAAUAACUUUUACAUUGGCAUGUUGGCUGGAAGGAGAGAAAAUGUCUGUUAAGAAAGGGACAUCUUGCUGUACGCCUACAAUUUAAAAUAUAAAGUUAUAUUGAUGUU